AGACAUUAUUCCCGCUCUUCAGAAUCGAACAGAAUGAAGGUGAUUGCUCUGACGCUUCUCGUGGCCUUGGUGGCCACCGCCCAGGCUGGCAAGCUAACCGACAAGUUCGCCCAUCUGAUCCCCAGCUUCGCCACUGGCUUCGUGAUCAACGGCACCGAGGCUGACCCGCACUCUGCCCCGUACAUCGUGUCGCUGGCAACCAAAGUCGAGAAGCACUCGCACAUCUGUGGCGGCACCAUCAUCAACAAGGAGUGGAUCCUCACUGCCGCCCACUGCAUCUCCAAUCCCGUGGGCAUGAGCGCCAUCGCCGGCCUGCACACCCGCGCCGAGGUCGAUGAGCUCACUCAGCAGCGCGAGAUCGACUUCGGCCGCGUCCACGAGUCCUACACCGGCGGCGUGGGACCCUUCGACAUUGCCAUCCUGCACGUGAGCGAGCCCUUCGAGUUCAACGAGUGGGUGCAGCCCGCCCUUCUGCCCACCCGCGAGGAGGUCCACGACGGAGAGUCGCACCUGUACGGCUGGGGACAGCCCAAGUCCUACGUCCUGACCGCCGCCAAGAGCCUGCAGACCGUCACCACCGAGCUCGUCAACUACCCCGAGUGCGUCGAUGCCCUGCCCGAGAACGCUCCUCUGGAGCCCUCGAACAUCUGCUCCUCUUCGCUGCAGCAGAGCGUGUCCGCCUGCAACGGCGACUCCGGCGGCCCCCUGGUCGUUGAGCACGAGAACGCCCCCUCCGAGCUGGUCGGCAUCGUCUCCUGGGGCUACAUUCCCUGCGGACUGGCCCAGCUGCCGUCGGUCUACACCCGCGUCUCCGCCUACAUCGACUGGAUCCAGGCCAAGCAGACCGCCUACUACGCUCUGUUCUAAGGGAUAGCCCACUCUUGCAGAUCAUCUUCCAAUGGAUUCAUGUCCAGGAAUCCCUUGACAAGAUGAUUAAAGAUCCAUGGAUGAAUUGUGAAAUA